AUGGCGAAUGAUGAUGACCCUGUGGACGACGAAAACCCUAGAUCUUACACUGCUAAUAACAGCAUCAUUGAUAACAAGAUGGCAGAAGUGUUCGACAUGGUUUCAAUCCACGACCAUCAGUACAAAAUGGCGACCUUCGCCUUCCACACCAACAAAACUACCACCGAAGCUUCACAUCGACCCGACUACAAGCACAAGCUAGCGUGGUCACACCAUCCUAGCCUAUGA